CUGAGAUGGAUGAGAAGGUUUGAUGGUUUGGAUAAGAGAGUGGACAAAGCUGCUGAGAAGAUGGAUAGGUUUUUGGAGGUUGUUAUUGAAGAACAUAGAGUUAGGGAGAGGAGAGAGGGAGAUGGUGGUGAGCUGGAUUUUGUGGACAUAUUGCUUGAUUUUCAGAGAGAGAAUGCAAGUCUCACCCCUAUUGAAGAUGACACUAUCAAAGCUAUCGUUUUGGAUAUGUUUAGUGCUGGAACUGAUACUACAUUUACAGCUCUUGAGUGGGCGAUAACGGAGCUCAUACGAAAUCCAGAAGCCAUGAAAACUUUGCAAAAUGAAGUGAAAGAAGUAGCCGGAAGUAAGGACGAGAUUGAUGAGCAAGACUUGGAGAAAAUGCCUUAUCUAAAAGCAGUGUUGAAGGAGAGUCUAAGAUUGCAUUCGCCGAUCCCAUUGUUGGUCCGUCGUGAAUCAACUCAAGACACAAAAGUAUUGGGCUAUGACGUCGCAUUUGGUACGCGUGUAAUGAUUAAUGUUUGGGAGAUUUCUAGGGAUCCUUCAUUGUGGAUAUAUCCUGAGGAAUUUCGCCCAGAGAGAUUCCUUGGAAUGGGCACAAACUUUAGAGGUCUGCAUUUUGAGUUGACUCCGUUUGGGGCAGGCAGGAGGGGUUGCCCGGGUAUUACAUUCGCGGUGGUGGUGGUUGAGCUUGCCUUAGCCAAGUUGGUACACAAGUUCGAUUUUAGAUUGCCUAAUGGACCGAAAAUGAAGGAGUUAGAUGCAAGUGAAUCUAGUGGAAUCACAAUCCAUAAAAAGUGUCCUUUGAUUGUUGUAUCUAUUCCACGUGAUUGUUAGGUCCUUCCAUUUUAAUGUGAUUAUAAUCUUUUGUGUAUAUAUAUAAGAUUAUAUAG